AUGGAAAAAUUUGGUAUUGAACCAACUCCAGAACAAAUUGCCAAAGCUGAAAGUUUAGCAGAAAAGCCAAUACCUUUAAAGAAAGAUCCAAUUGUUGAUCAUUGUACAAAUAUGAUUAUGAAGGAUGGUAAAAAAUCUAGAGCUCAAAAAGUGAUGGGCCAAGCUUUAUAUAUUGUCAGAUUACAACUAAGAAAAGACCCAGUUGAAGUAUUGAGAGAAAUUUUAGAAAAAAUGGCACCAUUGAUGGCCAUUAGAACACACAAGACCCGUGCUGCUAAGUCUGUUGUUUUACCAGUUCCAUUAACCGAAAGACAACGUCAUAGAACUGCGUUUUUAUGGAUUCUAGAAGGUGCUGAGAAAAGACGUUCUCCUGAUUUAUCAGUGAGAUUAGGUGAAGAAUUGAUUGCAGCAUAUGAAGGAAAAUCUUCUGGUUAUGAAAAAAGAUUACAAAUUCAUAAAACUGCCAUGUUACAGAGAGCUUACGUUAAAUUGAAAUGA